UGGUAAAAGAGCGUUUCUGCUCAGGUGUGUGUUGGCCUGAGGCAGCGGAGGCAGAUGGACCAGUUGAGCCUUUCUAGAGAAGUCCUGAGAUUACACAGACAGACAUUUUCCCAUUCCCACCUUUAGCGUUGAUGAUUAGUGACGUCACACGUCUCGCACAACAGGAUCGGCUUCGUUUCGAUGCUCCACCCAGUCAGUCAAAAUACACCUGUUGAGCCACCUGGAGCAGAGCAGCACUGGGAGGCUGAGACAACAGCAGCAUGGGAGGCAUCUACUCCAGUGAAAGGAUGGCAGGAGUUUUCUCUUAUGAGAGUUCAGAAGUCGACUGGUGUGAAGACAACUACAAGCACUCAGAACAUGUGGUGGAGUACUUCAACACUAUGAGCAGCUUUGUUUUCUUCAUUAUAUCUCCCAUCAUGCUCUACCUUCUGCACCCCUACGCCAAAGAGAGGAACCUGGCGAUCCACAUGGUCUGGAUCAUGAUGAUAUUUGUAGGGCUCUUCUCAGCCUAUUUCCACAUGACUCUCAGUUUUGUUGGCCAGAUGCUGGAUGAGCUGUCAAUCCUGUGGGUGUUGGCAGUGGGAUAUUCCAUCUGGUUCCCCCGCAAACUCUUCCCUUCUUUUAUAAAAGACAGGUCAACGUUCUCAAGGCUUGUCCUGGUCGUUACUAUCAUCACUUCAGUGUCAUCGUUUGUCAAACCGACAGCCAAUGCCUACGCUCUGAACUGCUUCGGCCUCCACCUGCUUUACACUCUGGCUGUUGAGAUGAGAUGCUGCACAGACCAGAAAGUUCUGCGCUUGGCCAAGCUGUCAGUGGCUCUGUGGGUGCUGGCAAUCUCCUGCUGGAUUAGUGACCGUUUUGGCUGCAGUUUCUGGCAGAGGCUAAACUUCUGCUACCUGCACGGUAUUUGGCACAUUCUGAUUGUGAUAGCGGUGGCAUAUGGCAGUACCCUGAUAGCUUACUUGGAUGCCAACUACGAGAUACCCUACUCACUGCCUGGACUGCAGUACUGGCCUUGUGAUAAAUGGGCUGUUGGGUUACCUCACAUUGUCCUGAAGGGCACUACCAAGACACGGAAACACUGCUAAUGAAAAGAAAGGGAUGUUUAACAUUUCUAUUGGUGCACUCUGCUCCAGUAGUUCAUAAAGCCACCAAGAAAUCUCACCUAGUGACCCUUACACAUCACCACCUUUGGGUGUUUUCAGACCUAUAGUUUGUUUGCUCUGGUCUGAAUCAGUGGAUGAUUUUGUAACCUUGUUGUAUUUUCCCCUUGGGAAAUUUAAAGCGACCCAAAAUGCAUGCUAAAGUGAGAAUGUAAACACAGGAAGAAGGUCGUGAGUAAGGUCUUAUCGGUCAUUGCUAGUUCAGGUUCAACCUUGAUUCAUUCUCUGACUGGCUGUUAGCAACUGCUGAUUUCACACAUCUGCCCCCCAGUAUGCAAUGUACACCUGGGUUUGGGAGCAGUUAUCCCAAAAUUCUUAUAGAACAUCUUGUAGUUGGAUCAGAUCAAGGUUGGGUCAUGUUCCCAACACAAACAAACUGCUCCAGAAUUUGUUUGUGACCAGACUGAGACCACCUCCUGUAAAGCAUCUCACUGUGAUUGUUUUGGUCCACACCUGAGUAUGAUUGCUGUGCUCAGAUCUACAGAAAUGAAUCAUACACAGAAGAGAAUAAACCAGAGUCGAAUUCAACCGGACUAAAUGAUGCAGGUUUGAAAACGACCAUAGUGACACAAUCUGUGAUCCAAAGGGAUGACCCCACCAUCAAAGUUCAAAUUAAACCUGCUACCUGCUAUCAAUUCUUUAAUACAAUAAUAGUCAAAUAGUCUUUUAAUGAACAAACCAACACUAAACAACUAAAUCUAGAAAAAAUAUUGUUUAAUAACUCAAUUGAAGGACCAUUUACAACAUAAUAAUAAUAAUAUUAUUGAUGGCUUACACUUUCAAUCAGGAUUAAUUGACAAAAAUACAAGAUAAAUAUUCCUCAUCUGUAGAUCAAACUAGGUGUAUAUUUGAACAUACCUGUCAUUUAUACAGUCACAUAUAUAUUUAUGAUGAUCAUCCUAGACAAAUAGAGUAAAUUCUGUAACAUUAAUUGAAUUCUCUGACCCUUAAUUUAUCUUUUUACAGGCAUAACAGAUUGGGUUUUGAGUGUUUUAUAAUUAGAGUUGGGUUGAAAAAAAAAACAACUAGUAGAGACUGAGGGCAGCUGAUGUUUAGAACUGACCGAUGUUGAACAUCUGUGGAGAUGUGCAUAAUGAGGUGAGGUUUCUUGCAAAGACAUUUUAUACGUUUGAAGAUGAUGACUGUCAACCAUUAAGACAUCCUGAAUGACUGAGACAAUUAGACAAUUAGAGAAGCUGUGUGUUUGUCUAUAACAGUUAUGUAUGUAUGAUUUAAUGUGUAAAAAAUCAAUUGCUUUUAUUUAUUUUCGAUAUAUGAAUGCAAAUUUGAUUCUGCACAUGGCAAAAUAUAUUUAUGUACUAUAUGUUUUCUUUACUUUUCCUAGGAAAUAAUAGUAAUAAUACUAAACUACUGUCAUUAUGUUCAGUGCAACAGCGAAGCACUACAGUGAAAUAUGUUUACAUUAAUAUACCUCAACAUGUGAUAUUUUCACAGUCAGUCUUCAGGAACCAGCAUGAGUUAUGUAACCUCAAAUAAGUCCAGUCAAAUCCUGAACUCAUAACAGUUUAGUAAAGUUAUAUUUCUCUGUGUAAAACCUCAAAAGUGCUGCUGUAUCUGAAGUUAUUUUAAACUGAGGACAUUUGAGUAACACAUAUAUUGUCAAUAUUAAAUAAUUCCUCUGAAAAACUGCGAAACAGCAUUUUUAAGUGCAUUUGUAGACCGACCUUGAAAUUGUGUGACUGACCACUCCAAUACAAUCACAUGCAAAUUUAUUUCUUUCACACGACUGACUCAAAGUCAUCACUGAACUGUUAAAGGCCUCUUUGUUGGAAAAGCUCUUCGUAUUUGGUGACGUUUUGAGAAUUUUCAGGUACAUUGUGCCUCCAUUCACAUGAUCUUUCCUGAAGGUUACAAUACGUAGAACAAUAGAUCCUUUACACAAAGAAAUGCACAAGCGUCCUCUGUCUGUACUUGAAUGUUCAACAGUGACCUCCUGUGGGCUCAUGAGAUUAUUUAAAGUUGUUUGUGAGCAACUGGUGCUUUCUAAAAACUGAAUGUUUGAAUGUUAACCUUUGACAGCCAGAUGAUGUACUGGGAGCCAGAUAACAAAAUACAAUAUGUUGGCAUGAUGACAGAACAAAUUAGCUGUAACUUUUCAGUGCCCUGUUGUGGUGAAAGUUUUACAGGAACUGGAUGAAGUGAUCUCUCACUUCCUCCGGCCUCUAAAACCCUUCAAAUAAAACAAUAUGAGAAGGGAAAUCACUUUUCAGUUGAAUUGUUCACAACUCAUGUCAGGACUAAGGUCAUAAAUUGUGAUAAGGGGUCAGAAAUUUAAAAAAAAAUUAAAGCAUGGGAACAACUGCUUUAGAUUUACUCACUAGAGAUACGUUUUGUGCACAUUAUCAAAAUGUUUGCUCGAGUUUGGCCUUGAAGGAUAGGACACAACUGUAUUUUUAGUUAUCAU